ACAUUGGCGCUUGGUGCAUGGCCCAACGAACUCCAUAAUGGACCAAGGAUACUGCAUGCAUUAUGCAUAUUUGUAUCGCAAUUGCUAGAGCAACGAUUCUUGCCAUCCCGACGCAGGUAAACUAAUCAAAACACCUUCUAAUUAGGCAGGGAAAAAUUUCUCCACAAUUCAUGAAUAUUUAAAAAAGUAAUUUUCGUAAGGCCACCUCCGGGUCGUUCGUAACCGUGUCACGUACGCUAAAACAAUGACACUGCUCAAGAAACUAAUCGUUCGUAUUAUGCAAUCCGCGAUCUUCGCUUAAGGGGCCAAUGUCGCCUACCACUCAAUCAGAAUAUAGAUUAUGAAGGAGAAACGUCCGGUGCGGAAACUGAUAAACGGAAAGAAAUACUAUAAAAGCCUCAAACUAUUUGACGGACAGCAUCAUUCGUUGACAAACGGUCCGAGUAGCAACAUGAAAUCGUUCGCUUGUGUCGUCCUUAUCGCAGUUGUCGUGGCAGCCGAGCCUCCGAGCUUCAGGCAGAACUACAGGUUCCAGCGACAGGAGGUGGAACCACAAGCUCCUGCUGACGCGCCCUACGCUCCUGCCGGGUUCAGACCAGCGAAGCCGUUCAACCUGCCCACUCGUCAAGAAGCAGCUCCACCGGCCACAUCUUACGGCGUCCCCGACGACAGCUACCAAGCACCGACCAACACCUACGGUCUACCACAAGCAGCUCCCGACACAGAAUACGGUGUGCCUCGCGACGAAGAAACUACAACCGAAAACGCGGAAAACCUCAAAGUUGAGGGUAUAAACGAAAAACUCGAAGAGGCUCCGAAAAGUGACGCCGAAGUGGUGAGUUCGCAGGGCUCUUACUACGUCCUCCUGCCUGGAUCUCAGCUGCAGCGGGUACAGUUCCAGACGGAGAACGACGUCAGGAACAUGGCGUACACCGCCCGUCUUCAGUACAAGAACGAAGACCGCGCUCCGGUGUAUGUGUACACAGCAGUGCCGCAAUACCAGCCUUCUGCUGCUUACAUCCAGCUCUAUUAGACUGAAGGAACCGAUCAUUCAAAUUCCAACCCUCACGCCAAGAGAAAUGGUUUGAAAUUUGAAUACUACGCUUUGAUGUUUUAUUGAAAACGGUUGAAUGAUUUUGUAUAGGAUUAAGUGGGACCGCGGGUAUGCCCGGAUAGUCACGCCAUUCAACGAUUGAGUUGCGCGCGACUGCUUAACCAAAUAUUUAUGUAAAUUAUUCAGGUAGACAAUAAAAUCCAUGCUUAACAUAA